CCUUAUUAUGAAGUUUUCAUCAUUUCACAUUCAUUUUGUUGAACUGAUAAUAACGUUCUCUUUGCAAGGUUCUGCAGGUUUCUUUGUGAAACAUGUAAACUCAGGAAUGUGCAUAAAUGAUACAGGACUAAUACAGAGCAAAAGCGCCAGUUGGGGAAGCGUGUCACUCUUAACAUUUUCAAACCAUUGUUUGGAUCCAGCUUCGCAGUUUCGGUUUCGGGAAAAUGGCGCAAUGUUAAAUUUGAAAAGACAAGGAUGCCUCGCUGCUUAUUUUAAAUAUGGUGAGCCCGGCUAUCUUCUAGAUAUGCUUUACCUUUACGUUAGCGAAAAUUUGAAUUUUUCUGCUUGUGCUUAUGAUCCAAGCCGAAACAUUUACCGUCCAAUCAAUCAGACCUCUUGGGGAGGUUUAUCUGUGUACUAUAAAGGACAUGAAAAGAGCUCAUUUCAGACAUGGUGUGUCGUCCCUAAAUCUCACGCAGAACUCGCCAAGAAUUAUGGGAUAGAACCAUAUAUCGUCCUGACAACUUCAUGUGUUGAAACGACAGAUAAACGAUUUAAUUUUGGCACGGUGACAUGUUAUGGAAAGAUGGUAGAGAAUGCCAAUUGUCCUAAAGAUCAGCAUUACAUGGUGGUCAAGACUGCAUCUUAUCGUGGAUUAGCUGCAGGAAAGAUAUGCGGCCAAAAUUAUGAUUACAGUUGUGAUGUCGAUGUGACAUGUGUUGUCAAGAGAGAAUGUGACCGUCAACACGAGUGCCAAAUGACUGUGGAUGAAAGAGUGUUCCUCGACUAUGCCGGUGCUUGCCCGGGAUUAACAAAAUAUCUCUAUUUCGAGUAUCAGUGUGUUGAUACACCAAGAGUCCAUUUGUGUGCCCCAAGCGGUCCUCCAUUGAACAUAAGAACUACAUCAAGAAGCACAUCGUCGUUAACUUUCGUCUGGGACUCUCCUGAACAACGUAGGGAAAAUGGUGUCAUUCUCAGUUAUACUGCGUGUGCUUCAGAGUCGGAGGAUGGUCCUUGCUUUCAGACAUUUGUAAGAGCAACAAGAAAGUGGGACGUUAGAAAUUUGAAUGCAUCAACAAAAUAUUACAUCCGUGUUCUUGCAAGCAAUGAAGGCGGCGAUGGAAACUAUAGUGAAAGUAAAGGGUUUUUUACGAAUGGAAGGACAUUAUUGACAUCAGGUCCAGAAACUGGUUUAAUCUUGAAAAGGCCAAAAAUCUAUUAG